AUGUCCUUCUACACCAAGACUCGCAACUUCAACAACACCUUCACCAUUUUCACGCGUUCGCUCAAACCAUGGACAUUUCCAGCGUCGAUUUUGUCUUUUCUUCUCGGAACUUCCCUAGCUUGGAAACAUGACGAUAAGUUCCACCUUCUGAACUUUGUCCUGACGGGCUGUGUGAUCUUGCUAACGCACUCAGCGGGGAAUUUUGUCAACUCUUUCUAUGAAGCUCAGAGCAGAAGAUACUUCGUUUCGCCUGCCGCGCGAACCAGAACACUUGAACUGAAUACGCAGUGGGCAUUAUGGAGCUACCUUCUUGGAGGCGCUGCUUUCACCUACUUGGCUUUCAUCUCCGAAGCGGAAUUUAGACAAGAAUUUGGAUUCUAUGCCACUGGUUUUCUUGCGUCUUUGCUCCAUGGUGGUGGAUUAAAGAACAUAGUGCUAGGCGAUGUGCUGGCGUGCGGAAUAUUCGGUCCUGUGUCUGUUAUCUUUGCCUAUAUAGAGCAAGUUGGAACUACUAAUCGACAGCUGUCGAACGCCUGGAUAGCCACAUACUCCAUUCCUUUUAUAUUAUUUACAGAAGCUAUCCUUCACAGGUAUGUUAUCCUAUCGUCAGAUUAUUUACAUAGCUUUAUCUAUGCUUAAAAUAACGAUUUAUUAAAUAUGAAUAAUUGUAUGUCAUGUCGACUACGCAUAACAAAAGCUUGUUGUGUUUUGUUAAUAGCCUUGUGUGAUGCGUUUAUCUAAUUAUUUAGCUCUGAGAAGUAUUCUUUUCAUCGAAAAAUACGUCCACGUUAUCAUGUAAAUUUCUGUAAUUUUUCCUGUAGUAAUUGCUAACUCUCUGAUUUUUACAAUACCGACGCGUAAGAUUGGGUUUUUUGGCAUUCCACGCGCUUCUAGAAGGAUUAUUAUGUCAGUGCCUCGGGUCUGAGAUUAUGACAGGGUUGUUAGACGAAUAAAUUUGGUGGCAAGGCAGAAUAUUUAAGAGUUUUCACAAUAUUUAGCUACUAAUCCAGGAAAAACUGCUGCGUCCCCAGUUGUCUCUUUUGCCGCAAUGUCUCCCGCGACCGUUCCCCAGCCGCCUACAAUGAUAAGAGACAACUGGGGACGAGUCAGCCAAAAUAGCAGGUGGUUUGCCCACGAGAUUCUCGGCUAAACUGGCGCGUGAUCACGUCAUAUGUCUUUAUAACCUGCGAUCAGGUGUCCUUGUUCCCAUGUUUUGGAAGACGAGGGGGAAAAGACGCAAAUUUUGACAGAUACAUUAAUCAGAGAGCGGCAACAGCGCGUGAAAUAAAUGUAUCAGACGUUUUUACCCGUUUCCCCGUCCGCCGACUUUCGUGCCGCUACCCCCGAAAAAAGAACGCCUGAUCGCAGGUUAAUGUCUUAUGAGGUUAGAUCAUAACGGAGCUUUACGAGGACUAUAAGCGCGAACAUGAAUUUCUCCAAGAGCAACGCUAACUUGUAGAGGAAACAGUGAAACAGACGGAUUUUGUAAACCGCUUGAACCCCAUUACUUUUUUCGUGGGCUUGUGGCCCGCAGCUCCUAUUCAGAUGACUUGAGAAUAGCUGUGCUGUUUGGCAUGCAAGGGCAAGUUCCAACGAAACAUACCAUUUUCUUGAGGUCGUUGGGACGUUAUUAUUCAGCCGAGUUUUACUAAAACGUAGCUUUGUCUAUGAAUAAGGAAUCAGAAGAAUCCCUAAAAACAAUUAGUAACCAUAUAGACUACAAACCAAAAAAACUACAGACUACAGUGUAACUUACACUUAAGCUGUGUGUACACAUCCUUACCAUCCUCAGUGUUUGUGUUGUGGUCUCCUUGAAUAUACCACCUGCGACUAUUACAGCAGGAUUAAACAAGGUGUUUACGUUUCUGAGAGUUUUUUUUCGUUGAUUACAUUUUCUUUCUAUUCAAAACUCCGUAAAUUAUAUCGCAUUCGCUCUUCCAUUGCCUACAAUACAACUUGUUUGCCCCCGUCCAAAUUGUGCAUAACUAUUGGUUGUUUACCAUUUACAAAAAGUUUCCGGAAAAUUCGGUUUGAUAAUAAAUGGAACACGACUUUUUGGUCCGUUUCUGCGGAAAAUUUCCGGGAGCUACGGAACAUCUUACAAGGUAGUCCUGUUUUUCCGGACGGAAUCUUCAAAUGGUUCCAUUUCUUCAAGCCAUCUUAUAUCUUUGAUACCAGUUUUAGACCUUAGCGGCCAUUGUUUUGGGACGCUCCAUGUAAAUAGAACUGAUUUGUGCAAAUCAGGGGGCUAUCUCCUGCUGACUGGCGCGUGCGCGUUUCCAGUAAAGAUGCCAGAAGUCUUUGAGAAAGUUCACUCGGCUCAAUUUCCCUCUCUUUUUUUAAGUGGCGAAUUUACCCUAACCAUGAGGCAGCCGGUUUGCCCAUGUAAAUUAAAUGGUAAACGAGUAUUGGUUCCAAUUUUUCUGGUUACACUUUUACCAGGGGAAAUUUAAAACAAUGCUUAUGCCAAAUUUUGGCAUAUUAUGGGCAAUGCGAAAGUGCGAAUUUAUAAAAGCCUUUGUUUACAAUCGAAAAAAACAUCCAUCCAGGCUGCAACUUGAGCCCGCAGUACAGUUAUAUGCCUCUGACAGCAAAAAAUGCUGUCGAAAUUUUGGGUGCUAAAUAAACCUUUGAGCCGAGUCUAUUUAUGUUAGUUAAAUAUUGUUUUAAUCGUUCAAGAAUGAAUAUCCAUAGUCUUCCACUUAAAAUCAGGAGCCGAGUGUUAUCGUGAGAAGUCACGGUGCGCGAACGGCAAGCGAAAAGAUAGGCAAGAGUAGCCUGCGUAGCAAUAGUUUCCGCGCAAGUUCGUCGAGAAGUUUGGGACGAUAAUGAAAAGAGGAACGCGAAAGAGAGCGGCCCUGGAAAAGAAAGCCCCUCGUGGCGAUCUCUCGCUUCUCGCUUUCGAAAUGAGAGCUUACUUGCAGGCUAUAGCUUUCAACAAUAAGAUUUUUUUCUUUGUUUCUUUCUUCAGCCAGAACACUCGUGACAUACAGACGGACAGGAAAGCCGGCAUCAAGACCCUUGCAGUACUAGUUGGACAACAGGCAUCUUGUUACCUUCACGCGUUCUUUCUGUUGUUCCCGUAUGUAGUGAUCGUCCUCCUUGGCGCGGCUUUAUCACCAUUCAUUUACAUACCUUCGGCAACCUUGCCAUUUGCUCUGAGUUUAAGUGUGUCGUGUUUUGAAGGAGAGUAUUUUACGCUGCCUCAGAAGAUAGCCGUGCUAGAUUUAGCUUUUGGAAUACUGUAUGUAUUAAGCGUUUAUUGGUCUUGA